CAGUGCUGUGGGCUCACAUCAUAUCUGCAGUCUGCGCAUUUUCGUUGCUGUCCUAAACGUAAUGAUAGGACUGGUUGAGAAGGAUUGUAGUCAGAGCAGGCCUCUCCAAAUAAAGCAAUGGGAGGUUUGGAUACCGACAUCCUCUCCUUCACUAUAAAUACUUUCUCUGCAUAGAGAACAGGCUUUGGAUGCUGGAGCUCUGAACCACUGACUAUUGAGGCACACAAAGGGGGAAAUUAUUAUUCACAAAUUGAUAACCAUGCCGAGAGUGGAUGCAGACCUCAAAUUGGACUUUAAAGAUGUCCUUCUUAGACCUAAAAGAAGCAGUCUUAAAAGCAGAUCUGAGGUGGAUCUGCAGAGGACCUUCACAUUCCGCAACUCCAAGCAGACCUACACUGGAAUCCCUAUUAUUGCAGCAAACAUGGACACGACUGGGACUUUUGAAAUGGCACAGGUUUUAAGCAAACAUUCACUGUUCACUGCUAUGCAGAAACAUUACUCAGUGGAAGAGUGGAAAAAAUUUGCAGUCAGCUUCCCAGAGUGUUUAGAGCACAUGGCUGCAAGCUCAGGCAGUGGGAAGGCUGACUUGGAGAAGCUGUGCAGCAUCCUGGAGUCGAUCCCACAAAUAAAGUACAUCUGUCUCGAUGUUGCAAACGGUUACUCUGAGCACUUUGUGGAAUUUGUGAAAACUGUCCGAGGCAAAUUCCCCAAUCACACAAUCAUGGCUGGCAAUGUGGUGACAGGAGAGAUGGUCGAGGAGCUAAUUCUUUCUGGAGCUGACAUUAUUAAAGUGGGCAUUGGACCAGGCUCAGUCUGCACCACUCGUAUAAAGACAGGAGUGGGAUACCCCCAGCUGAGUGCUGUGAUUGAGUGCGCUGACUCUGCACACGGGCUGAAAGGACACAUCAUCUCUGAUGGGGGUUGCAGCUGCCCAGGUGAUGUCGCUAAAGCCUUUGGCGCAGGCGCUGAUUUUGUCAUGUUGGGAGGGAUGUUUGCCGGUCAUGAUCAGUGUGCAGGGGAGGUCAUUGAGAAGAAUGGCAAAAAGGUGAAGCUCUUCUAUGGAAUGAGCUCUGAUACCGCCAUGAAGAAAUAUGUGGGAGGUGUCGCUGAGUACAGAGCGUCGGAAGGCCGGACGGUGGAAGUUCCUUACAGGGGAGAUGUGGAGAACACUAUUCGGGACAUCCUCGGGGGACUGCGCUCCACCUGCACCUACGUGGGAGCUGCCAAGCUGAAGGAGCUGAGUCGAAGGACUACCUUCAUCCGGGUCACACAGCAGUCCAGUCACAUGUUUUCCUAACCUGGGUGUCAGACACAGAUUUUUUGCUGCGGAUUACCCACCAGAAUUUCUUUACAGGAGUUUAACAAAACGAGUCACAGACAUUUCUUUUCAGUCUCAGGCUGGUUUAGAAUUUCCGUAAACCUUUUUUUGAUCAGUAGCUUUAGUUAAAUUCAGCUUUGCACCUUCAAAAGCAGGUUAUUUCUUUAUAUAAUCAGAGAGAAUAACUAUCACACACCUUGAAGAUAGUUUCUUUACCAAAGAUUGGGUGUAAAACACCAUUCAGUUUAACCUAAGGAUGUAAAAAUAAUAAAUACAAAUUUUAAACCUUUUAGGUAAGCAGGAGUUUGCCAUUUAAACUGUCAUGCACAUUUUUAAUGAAACAGCAGACAUUAUUUAGUAUACAUAGGCAGCUUUAUAUUUUACUUUUGUUUUUAUGUUAAACAGUGCAUCAUGAUACUAUAAAUAAUGAAACCUUGUGAAAGUCAAUGCAAGAUCGUCAUUUUAUGUUAAACAUUUUGUAAAGUACUAUGCCAUUUUGGGAUUUUUAUUUUUGUUUACUGUUUAAACUUUUAAACCCUUACAGCCUUAGUUUAAUCCCAAAGUUUUUUUUUUUUUUUUUUUUUUCAUGGGGAGGCAUCUACUCUAUUAUGUGUACAACACAAGUAUACAAAGUUAAGUUAAUUGUAUUCUGUAUUGUCAAACAGCUUAAGUACUUCAGGAAUAAGUAUAUUGUGUAUUAGAAAAUGAAUAAAUUACCAGUAGUUGAACUCCUGUCGCACUGGCUCCAAUAUCCCAGCCAGGUUUGAAUCAUACCUGUAGUUAGUGCUUCUGAAAAAAGGCAUGGUGAAAAAAAAUGUUUGUGUAAUGUUAAACUCCUCAGUAGUAAAUGCACUUUAGACUUAAUAUUGAAGAAAUGAGCCACUGUGGGAAUAGUACAGUAGAAUCGUUGUUCUGUGUUCACGUGUUUAAAUUGUUUAUUCAAAAUAUAUUCAAAUCUACUUCUUCACUGUGGGACCUUAAUCCUGAUUCAUGUUUGGCUCAGUGACCAGGAUGAGGAAGAAACAGACUCCAUUUCUUUCUUUCUUUUGUACUGUACAUCCAGGUCUCAGGGAGAAAGGAAAAAUAAGAACUAAGGAUUCUUUCAUUUACCUUGGUGUUAAAUUUUACAUGGUAAAUGUAAAGAAAACAUGGAUUUGCUUGUUUUACACCAUGUUUCAAAGAUAAGGAAAGUGGGGAAUGCUAUUAAAAAAAAGUGUCAUGCUAAUGUAAAAUGUGGAUGUAGAAUGCAACUUGAAUGCAAAUGCAGGUAUAUAUAAAUUUAGAGAAAAUAAAAUAUAUCUACUAACUUACAAA